AUGGCCCACCUCGAGAGUUGCCGCUCUGCCAAGGUCAUUCAUCGAGACAUCAACCUGACGAACGUCAUGUUUCCGGGACGGUGGGGAGGGCGGCUGCGGGCCAUGUUAAUCGACAUGACGAGAUCACUGCUGAUCGACGUCGAUAACGACCAGAAGCAGGCGAAGUACGUCGGCCGUGGGGAGAGCAUGGUCAGCACAUUUGCUUACGCGAGCAAAUGGAGCCUCCGCGGCUAUCAGCAGGGCCCACGGUGAGCAAAGCAAGAAAGUGACACAGAUGAGCCAUGCACCAACAGCGCGCUUCGCCCACCGGCAGGAUGACCGAGGAGGAGAUGCUCCACUUCGGAGGCGUCAUCUUCAUCCAACUGCUCAAGAGUGAGUAA